AUGACUUCAUCAACAGUUUUCGUCACCGGUGCGAACGGUUUCAUUGCCCAAACUUUGGUCAGCCAAUUACUUGAAAAGGGCCAUAAGGUCAUUGGGCAAGUACGUUCUGAUGCUAAAGGUGCUCAAUUGGCCGAGUUGGUCAAUAACAAGAACUUUAAUUACGUCGUUGUUCCUGUCAUUGAGGCAGAACAUGCCUUUGAUAAGGUCUUGAAGGACCAUCCUGAAGUGGAAACGUUUUAUCACACUGCUUCUCCUGUUAGCUUUGCUAAUGAUGAUGUGGAAAACAACAUUCUUAUCCCUGCAAUUAACGGUACCAAAUACGUUUUACAAUCCAUUAAGGAACACGCUCCUCAACUUCAACACUUUGUCUACACCUCUUCAAUUGUCGCACUGGCCGAUCUCCUGAAUGCACCUCUGGGUAUCAAAGAAGCAGAAUGGUCUCCUAUGACUUACGAACAAGCAAAGACCAAUGGUAUGCUUGCUUAUGCUGGUUCAAAGAAGUUUGCCGAACAAGAAGUAUGGAAGUUCCGUGAUGAACACCAACCAAAGUUUACUAUUGCAACCAUCUUGCCUUCAUUUGUCACUGGCCCUCAAGCCUUUGCUGCUAACCUCAAGAACUUAAGUUCAACUAGUGCUUUGUUUGCUGCUGCCAUCAAUGCAAAGACUAGAGAAGAAUUGGAAGCUUGUAUUCCCUUCCCUCUUGCAAUCGAUAUCAGGGAUGUCGCCAGAGCUCAUAUAUCUGCUGCUGAGAAUGUAAAGGCAAACGGUCAACGUCUCAUCUUGUCCAACGGUACUUUCAAUGCUGAUACGGUGCUCACCAUCUUAAAUGAAAAGUAUCCAGGAAAGUCUAGCCUUAAACCCAAUGACCCAGUUACUCCUACCAUGCCUGAUAUUGUGGACAACAAGCUUACCAGGAGUUUAUUGGGAGAAUGGAUUCCCCUUGUACAGUCACUUGCUGAUGCCAUUGUCCAGCAUGGUGAGAGUGGAUUUACUCUUGAACUGUCACUCGCUGAUUCUAUUAUCCAACAAGCUAAGAGUGAAUUGUAA